AUGAGGGGGUGGGCGGGAGCGCUGCGGGCGGCGGGGGCCGGGGGGGGGGCGGGACCGGGGCUUGGCGGGUUCCGGGAGCGUUUCGAUUUCGGCGGCCGCGAUGUGGCCUCCUGGUUCCCGGGGCACAUGGCGAAAGGCCUGCGGCAGAUGCGGGCCUCCCUGCGGCGCGCCGACUGCCUCAUCGAGGUCCACGACGCUCGCAUCCCGCUGUCGGGCCGUAACCCCAUGCUGCAGGAGGCAUUGGGCAUCCGCCCGCACAUCCUGGUGCUGAACAAGAUGGACCUGGCUGAUCCCCGCCGGCAGCCGAGAGUCUUGGAGCACCUGAAGCAGCAGGGAUGCUCACAUGUUGUCUUCACUGACUGCCAGCGUGAUGGCAAUGUCAAGAAGAUUGUUCCCUUGGUUGCCAAGCUGGUGGGCAACAGUCCACGAUACCACAGGGCUGAGAGCACCGAGUACAGCAUCCUGGUGAUCGGCGUGCCCAACGUGGGCAAGUCCUCACUCAUCAAUGCCCUGCGGAGGCUGCACCUCAAAAAGGGGAAAGCCACCGCGGUUGGUGGCGAGCCGGGCAUCACCAAGGCGGUGCUGACCAGAAUCCAGGUCUGCGAGAAGCCCCUGAUGUACCUGGUGGACACGCCUGGCGUGCUGUCCCCGAAGCUGGGGGAUGUGGAGACGGGCAUGAAGCUGGCACUGUGUGGAGCCAUCCGUGACCACCUGGUGGGGGAGGACAUCAUGGCUGACUACCUCCUGUACGCCCUGAACAAGAACCAGCAGUUCAGGUAUGUGCAGCGCUACGGGCUGGCUGAGGCCUGCGACAACAUCGAGCCCGUGCUGAGGCGCGUGGCCCUCGCCCAGGGCAGGACGCAGAAGGUGAAGGUGCUGACGGGCACGGGGAAUGUCAACGUGACAAUGCUCAACUACCCAGCCGCUGCCUACGAGUUCCUGCGGGAUUUCCGGGCGGGACGCCUGGGCAGGGUGACGCUGGACUGAGACCUGUCCUGUGGGAGAGAGGCAUUGCCCGCAGCCGCACGCGUGGGGGUAAAGGCCUGGCUGCUCCCCCAAGAUGCCCCAG